AGGCCCGAUGGUCGAAGCUGGCCAUGUCCGAAUAGGCCUGAUGCAUGGAAACGAUGCGCCUGUCAACAAGAGGCGAAAGAUCGCUUUUAUCGCGUUAUCGUCGGUGGCUAUUUUGGUCUCUGCCUUGUUAGUGGGGAGGUCUAAUCCGCGCAUUGAGAUGCAAGAGAAAAAAGCCCGCUUUGAGCAGCUCUCUGGGGAUUUGCUUGGUAGUCUGGAGCAAGCGAUGGAUAGCUCUGUUGACAACAAAGUUCAAAGCAUGAUGAGUACGCGUCCUGUUCAGCACGUUUCGUCGGUGCAGGGAUACCACAAGCUUCUCCCAUUUGAUCCUCAUCCCUACGUAACUCAAACUCAGUUGGACCGACUGCUUGCUGAGAAGAGGGAGCUGGAAACUAAGCGUGAAGCCAUUCUCCGCACUCUUCGAUUGAGGAGGGAGGCGGCAGCAGCCAAGGCAGCCAAGGACGCGGCUGCGUUGGAUCGCAUCCGCUUAGAACGCGCUGUGACUGCAGCGAAGAAGAGACAACUACAAGCUGCGCAACGAGCAGCUCGUGCGGCCGCAUCCGAGAUGAAACAAGCUGCAAUCGCCAAGCAGCAGGCUAUUCAUGCAGCUGAAGUUGCAUCAGCUAGACAAAAGGAGCUUGAGUACAUGAGCGAAGUCAAUCAUCAACAAGCGGAAGAAUCCGCGCAGUAUGCGGCGAAGGAAAACGUUGCAGAUGACAUGCAGUAUCAGCAGGAUAAGUCAGCUGUGGACAGCAAGCUUAAAGGAUACCUUCUCCAAGAGAAAGACCUUCUAAGAAAGAUUGCUGCUGCUGAAAAAGUGGCUGCACAUGGUGGAAAAUGGCCAGAGACUGGCAUGCCGAAGACUUUGUCAGCAAAGGCUGCACAGGGUCAACUCAGGCAGACAACCACAAAUGCGAAUAGUGCGGAAAGUCAAAUCAUUGGAUCGAUCGCACAGGCAAUUACGAACAAUAAACGCCAAAUUCAGAGGGAUCGCGUGCAGGCUCAACAACUGCAGGCCAAAGAGAUCAGCAUCAACUCCAACGUUGAGGCACUCAAGGCAAGCGACUUGCGAUUGUCAAAGGAAUUGAUUGAUGCAGAACUCAAGAGAGUUAGGAAACAAUAGAUAGCGAGAGAUGCGAAUUUUCUUAAAUCAUUAGAUGUGGACACAUUCCCA